AUGUGAGUCUAUCAGUGAAUGUGUUACCACUGAGCAGCUACUGUGAGUACAGCAGCUGAACGUACAGCGGCCUGGGCGGCUGCUGCCUCUCACCUCCGUAAAAUACUUCUUGGACAUAGUUGACGAGUAUGCGUAACGACGCGUGCCUCUAGUGGCACCGCGGAACGGGAGGCUCGUCAGACGCACGCACACGCACGGCUUCCUGCACGAGCUCUCCCUCCAGCUCCAACUACCAGAGCUUUUUUUCAAACGAACGCGGGGCAACAAGGAGCCUUUCAGGACGCGUUGGGACGCGCUUUAACCGCCGCCGCCGCGCGCAACUGGAGAGGAGCCUUUUCCACCUGCACAAAGUACCUCUGUUGUGCGAACUGUUGGCAGCGCUGCGAUGAGAGAGCGCGCUGAGAAAACUGCACCGAGCGUUUUUCAAACCUCUCGAGCGCGUUAGAAUCGCCCUCCGCGCGCGCGACGCGCAACGCUUCUCCUCCGUCUCUCGGGGGCAGAAUCGUGCGAGGCGACCCGAAGUUCCGCAGGCGCAGAAGCGGCGCGGGAGUCCGGCUCGGCCGCUGACUUGCGAAUAGACAGAGAGCGCGGACGGUAGGAGGGGGCAGACUCCUGCGGGCUAAUUGCAGCAGCCUGGUUCGCAGGUGUCUCACUGAUCCGCCUGUGACGGAGCGGGAGCUGCGAUCCGAACGAGCCGCGCUUAGAUUUGUGAGUAACCGCAAAACAAGAAGAGCCAAUACUGGGGGAAUGUGGCACCAAGUACCAUGAGCGCACGUUCGUCGCAGGCGCCCAAACCCAUACAUGUUCCGUCGAGUUCAGUUCUGAGGAACAGUUCUGAGUCGUCCCCGGAAUUUUGAAAAAGUGGAUCCCGCGACUUUACAGCCAUGCGAGAUACUUGUCUGUCCCCGCGGAGUGCGGUGUGGGAAUACUGGACGUCGCUGACGGCGUGUCUCUUUUGGAUUCAUUACUCUUACGGGAUGCCUCAUGUUAUUCGAAUAGGUGGGAUUUUCGAACAGAUGGACGGAGGUGUUCCACUUGUUAGCGCGGAGGAGCUUGCCUUUAAAUUUGCCGUCAAUAACAUUAACCGAAACCGGACUUUGUUGCCAAACACAACAUUAACAUAUGACAUUCAAAGGAUUAAUAUCUACGACAGCUUUGAGGCGUCAAGGAAAGCUUGUGACCAGCUGUCUCUAGGUGUGGUUGCAAUAUUUGGACCUUCACAUAGCUCAUCGUCAAAUGCUGUGCAGUCCAUCUGCAACGCCCUGGAAGUGCCACACAUCCAGGUGCGGUGGAAACAUCACCCCAUGGACAACAGGGACACCUUUUAUGCCAAUUUAUACCCUGAUUACUCCUCGCUAAGCUAUGCUAUCCUGGACCUGGUGCAGUAUCUCAAAUGGAAAUCAGCCACAGUUGUAUACGAUGACAGCACAGGUCUUAUAAGACUACAGGAGCUGAUAAUGGCUCCAUCCAGGUACAACAUCAGGCUCAAGAUCCGUCAGCUUCCUCUCGACACCCAGGACACAAGACCCCUUCUCAAAGAGAUGAAGAGAGGCCGAGAGGUCCGCAUCAUCUUUGACUGCAGCCAUCACAUGGCGGCACAGAUACUCAAACAGGCCCAGGCCAUGGGGAUGAUGACGGAGUAUUACCACUAUAUCUUCACCACUCUGGAUCUGAUGGCCAUCGACCUAGAGCCAUAUCGCUUUUGUGGGGUUAACAUGACCGGUUUCCGCAUCCUCAACGUGGACAAUCCCCAGGUGGCGUCAAUUGUGGAAAAGUGGUCGAUGGAAAGGCAGAUUCCACCUAAACCUGACUCUGGCCUGCUGGAGGGCAUCAUGACGACAGAUGCAGCUCUGACCUAUGAUGCGGUCCACAUUGUGUCCGUCUCCUACCAGCACGCCCCGCAGAUGACGGUGAACUCGCUGCAGUGCCACAGGCACAAACCCUGGAGAUUUGGAGGGCGCUUUAUGAGUUUCAUCAAAGAGUCCCACUGGGAUGGUUUAACUGGGAGGCUGUCGUUUAACAAGACAACUGGCCUGCGGACGGACUUUGACCUGGACAUCAUCAGUCUGAAGGAGGACGGACUUGAAAAGGUGGGGAAAUGGAGUGCGUCGGGAGGACUCAACAUCACAGAAGUGCCGAAGCGAAAAGGGAUGAACAUCACUGAUUCCCUGGCGAACCGCUCCCUCAUCGUCACCACCAUCUUGGAGGAGCCAUAUGUCAUGCUUAAGAAGUCUGACAAGGAGUUGCGGGGGAACGACCGCUUCGAAGGAUUCUGCAUCGACUUGCUUAAGGAGCUCGCCGGCGUCCUGGGCUUCACAUAUGAGAUCCGUCUGGUGCCUGACGAGAAAUACGGCUCCCAGGACGAGAAGGGCCAGUGGAACGGCAUGGUCAGGGAACUUAUAGAACACAGAGCAGACCUGGCAGUGGCUCCUCUCACCAUCACCUACAUGCGUGAAAGGUUUAUUGACUUCUCCAAGCCCUUCAUGAGCAUGGGCAUUAGCAUUCUGUAUCGCAAACCCAACACCACCAGCAACGGCUUCUUCUCCUUCCUGAACCCCAUGACACCGGACAUCUGGGUCUACAUCCUCCUGGCCUACCUGGGUGUUAGCUGUGUCCUUUUUGUCAUUGCCAGAUUCAGCCCGUACGAGUGGUACGACGCCCAUCCUUGUAACCCUGGAUCAGAUGUGGUGGAGAACAACUUCACCCUCCUCAACAGUUUCUGGUUUGGAGUCGGUUCUUUAAUGCAACAAGGCUCCGAGCUGAUGCCCAAAGCCCUGUCGACUAGGAUCAUUGGCGGGAUCUGGUGGUUCUUCACACUCAUCAUCAUAUCAUCCUAUACGGCUAACUUAGCAGCGUUUCUCACUGUGGAGAGAAUGGAUUCACCAAUGGACUCAGCUGAUGACAUUGCCAAGCAGACAAAGAUUGAGUACGGCGUGGUCCAAGAUGGUGCAACCAUGUCUUUUUUCAAGAAAUCUAAGGUUUCCACUUUUGAGAAGAUGUGGGCCUUUAUGAGCAGCCGGCCGAGCACAUCGCUGGUCAAAUCUAUUGAGGAUGGGAUUCAGAGGGUGCUAAAGUCAGACUACGCGCUCAUUAUGGAGUCCACAACUAUAGAUUACAUCACCAGGAGGAACUGUAACCUGACACAGGUGGGAGGGAACAUUGACAGUAAAGGCUACGGCAUCGGCACUCCUCUCGGGUCCCCAUACAGGGACCGAAUCUCCAUAGCAAUUCUUAACAUCUUGGAGGAUGGGCGCCUCCACAUGCUGAAAGAGAAGUGGUGGAGUGGGAGCAGCUGCUUGGAUGAAGAGCGUCGUGAGACGGGCCCCAUGGGUAUCCAGAAUCUGGGUGGUAUAUUCAUUGUGCUGGCAUCUGGCCUGGUGCUAUCUGUUUUCGUGGCAAUAGCAGAAUUCAUCUACAAGCUGAGGAAGACUGCAGAGCGCGAGCAGAGGUCUUUGUGCAGUGCCAUGGUGGACGAGAUCAGACUGUCCUUCACCUGCGAGAGGCGGGUGAAACACAAGCCUCAGCCUCCAGUUAUGGUGAAGACGGAUGCAGUGAUCAACAUGCACGCCUACAACGACCGACGACUCCCGGGAAAGGACAACAUGAGCUGCAGCACUGGGAUGACUCCCGUGUUCCCAUGACAAUAUGUUCCCCCCAGGGCAAGACCUUUCUGAGCAAUGUGUCAGGGGCAGUGCCAGAGACUAGAGACAAUGGCAUAGAUGGGAUCACCCGAUACACCAUUAACCACAGUGACAUAGGGACACUAACAAAACAUGGGC